CUUGGAAAGUGUGUCGUCUCUUUAGUUUAGAGUGAGUUCCCUCUCUCGUAUAAUAGUCUUUCUUGAUAGAAAUUUGAACCCUGCAGACAAACUGUCGAGUUUCAGACCCGGUCUGUUUCCAGGGACACUCAGAUAUCUUUGUUCUAGGUACACCUCAACUAAACUCGACUAAACUUGUCAAUGGUAGCCGGUAAAAUAAAAAUGGCAAUGGGUUUGCAGAAGUCACCUGCAACAAACCCAAAACAAGAGCUUCCUCCAGCGAAGCCACCCUCACCUUCACCUAGUUCAGCCAAGGGUUCUUCUCAAAAGCUGGUCUUUUCACGCUCAUUCGGUGUCUACUUUCCUCGCUCCUCUGCUCAAGUCCGGCCACGCCCACCUGACGUUGCUGAGCUUCUCCGCCGCGUCGGACAGCUCCGAGAGAGAGUAUCACAGUUAAAGACUGAACUUGUUGGUCUGAAGCUGUUGAAAGAAACGGUAGCCAUUGUUCCAGUUCUUGAAAAUGAGAUCAAUUCUAAAAACGCUGAGCUUGAACGCUCUUUGAAAAUGAUGGAGUCUUUGCAGUCUGAAAAUGAGAUGUUGAAGCAAAUGUUGGAAGAAGGUAAGAAAGAAAGUGAAAGGAAAAUAAAAACAAUGGAAGACGAAAUUGAAGAGCUGAAGAAAACGAUGUCGGAUCAUAGAAAAACGGAGUCAUCAUCGAUAGAAAGUGACGAGCUUUCUUCUUCUCAGAGAUUUCAGGGGCUUAUGGAAGUCACAGUGAAGUCAAACCUCAUCAAGAAUUUGAAAAAAGGAGUUAAAUGUGGAGAAAGCUCUGUUUGUUCAAGUUCUGAUAAUAAUCAUCAUCACACGCUUGAAAGACAAGACUCCAGACGAGAAAACUCAGAAAGCGAUAAACCUAGAUAUUCUCACUCGCAAUGUAACUCUGAAGAACUGGUUUACUCCUUCGAGUCAACUCAUUCCAGUAUCAGAUCCCGCGCUCCUCGUGUUCCAAAUCCACCGCCAAAACCAUCUUCAGCUGCAUCAGUCUCGUCACAUAAUAAACUUCCAUCGGAAAAGCAAAUUCCAACGCCGCUGCGGCGGCCGCCACCACCUCUUCCCAAACAGGUAUCUCCAACGCCAAAGUUGGCGCCUCCGCCGCCUCCUCCGCCGCCGAAGGGACUAAGAGCGGAUUCAGCGAAGGUGAGGAGGGUUCCGGAGGUGGUGGAGUUUUACCAUUCGCUAAUGCGACGAGAUUCGCGGCGGGAUUCCGGGGCCGGUGUAGCAGAAGUAUUACCGGCGGCGGCCAAUGCUCGUGACAUGAUUGGCGAGAUUGAGAACCGAUCAGCGCAUUUACAAGCGAUAAAAACAGAUGUAGAGACACAAGGAGAUUUCAUCAGGUUUCUGAUCAAAGAAGUAGAAAAUGUUGCGUUUACAGAUAUUGAAGAUGUUGUUCCAUUUGUCAAAUGGCUGGACGACGAGCUCUCUUCCUUGGUGGAUGAACGAGCUGUGCUUAAACACUUUGAGUGGCCAGAGCAGAAGGCUGAUGCAUUGCGGGAGGCAGCAUUUGGGUAUUGUGAUCUCAAGAAGCUCAAAUCCGAGGCUUCUUCCUUUCAGGAUGAUCCCCACCAGCCCUGCGAUCCUGCCCUCAAGAAAAUGCAGGCUCUGCUUGAAAAGUUAGAACAUGGUGUUUACAAUCUCUCGCGAAUGAGAGAAUCUGCUGCGAAAAGAUACAAGGAAUUUCAAAUUCCCAUGGAUUGGAUGCUGGAAACUGGAAUCGUAAGCCAGAUUAAACUGGCAUCUGUCAAAUUAGCAAUGAAGUAUAUGAAGAGAGUUUCGGCUGAGGUUGAAUUUGUUGGUGGUAGCCCUGAAGAAGAGGAACUGAUUGUGCAAGGCGUUAGAUUUGCUUUCCGUGUACAUCAGUUUGCUGGAGGAUUUGUUGUGGAAACAAUGAGGGCAUUUCAAGAGCUGAGAGAUAAAGCCAGAUCAUGCCACAUACAACACCAAAACCGGCCUAACCAGAAAUUUGUGUGCAGGUCAACAACUUGCUAAUCUGUGGCAAACUCAGCUUCAGAAGUGUCACCAGUUUUUUCUUGUAAAAAUGCAACGAAUACAUUGCAAGUUCCCACCUUGCAAAUUUAAAGUAAUAUAUAUAUUUUCACUUC